UUGUGCCAGCAAAGCCGAUUACUCGGGAAGAGAUGGCAGGGGAGGCAGAGGACGAGAUACCCGAAUCGGGAGCAGUUUUCACAUUCGGGAAGAGCAAGUUUGCAGACAACAUCCCCAGUAAAUUUUGGCUUAAAAGUGAUGUGCCCCUCAAAAUUGCUUGUGGGGACGAGCAUACAGCAUUGGUAACCGAAAAUGGAAAACUUUACAUGUUUGGCAGUAACAACUGGGGCCAGCUAGGACUGGGAUCCAAAACAAGUAUGAACAAGCCCACUUGUGUGAAAGCUCUGAAGUCUGAGAAAGUGCGGCUUGUGGCAUGUGGACGAAAUCACACAAUUAUCUAUACAGCUCAGGGAAACCUAUAUACUACAGGUGGGAACAAUGAGGGUCAGCUAGGCCUUGGCAACUAUGAGGAGAGGACAGCCUUCCAGUUGGUCAAUUUCUUCAGCUCGCGUCGUCCAAUCAAAAUGCUCGCUGCUGGUUCAAAUACCUCUGCUGCUCUCACUGAGAGUGGUGAGCUGUUCAUGUGGGGCGACAACACAGAGGGUCAGAUUGGCCUGGGAAAAGAGAGUAACGCCACCACCCCGCAGGAGGUCGAUGUGGGCCAGUCCAUUGCUUGGGUCUCCUGUGGGUACUACCACUCUGCCUUUGUCACAGCUGAUGGGGGCUUGUACACAUUUGGGGAGCGGGACAGUGGUAAACUGGGGCUUGGCACCGAGCAGUUGACCGGACACCGGGUACCACAGCUGGUAAAGAGCAUCAAGGAGAGGGUCACACAGGUGGCUUGUGGAGGAGGGCACACCGUGGCACUUACAGAGGACGGCGUGUACACGUUUGGCCUGGGUCAGUUUGGCCAGCUUGGCCACGGGACGUUCAUCUUUGAGGCUCGCCUGCCCCGUCCUGUCGACCACUUCAGGAAAGGACGAGUCUGCCAAGUGGCCUGUGGGGAGAACCACACUGCUGUCAUCACAGACAGUGGUCUGCUCUACACGUUUGGAGAUGGGAGGCAUGGGAAGCUCGGCCUGGGUGAGGAGAACUUCACCAACCAGUUCAAGCCAACACUUUGUCCUCGUUUCCUCAAGUACAGCGUCCAGGUGGCGUCAUGUGGCGGCUGUCACAUGGUGGUAGUGGCACAGCCGAGAGACCAUAGCUGCAGCGACGUCACCCUUGAGGAAGAUGACAUGACAGAGGACGCCCUGGAAAAGUCCUACACAGAGCUGCUAGGGGACUCCUCCGCCACCUCCACCCUACAACAGAGCCUCUCCGCCAGGGUUCGCAGGAGAGAAAGGGAACGAUCUCCGGACCAGUUUGGCACCAUGUUUCGCACCCUGCCGGCCAGGAUGCCCGGCACCCUCAACCCUCCGGUGCCUGUGUCCAGCCAGACCAUCCCACCCAGACUACCUCCACCAGAGCUGGCCCACAGAAAGACCAAACACGUGGUGAGACAGACAGCGUUGUGGAGAGCCACCGAUACUGACAGUGUCAAAGGCUUGGGAGAUACUACAGAUUUCCUUAACAUGACACAUGUAAUGAAGCUGGACCCCAGUGACAAACUGUUGUUGUCCCCUGUUCAGAAGGAUAUGGAGGCUGAAGAAGAGAGUAAUGAUGAAGAGGUAGAAGAAGAACAGGAGGAGGAAGAGGAGGAGGAAGAAGAAGAAGAAGAAGAAGAAGAAGAAGAAGGGAAUGAUGCGGAGGAUGAUCAACCCACGGAGAUGGAGGGACCGUCCUUGCAGAGUUUGAAUGGCCCAACGGAAAAAUCGGCAGCAGAUUCUCACAGUCCCAAGCCUGAGGAGCUGAAGGAAGAAUCUGUCCCUGAUGGAGCACCGAAAGCAGCAGAAAUCAUGGAUGAGCCCGGCACUGUAGCUGAAGAAAUGACUGACAUCAGCACCAAACCAGCCAAUGGGGCAUCUGAAGACGAGUCAAUGGGCCCAGCAGGUCCCAGCAGGAAGCUCUCCCUUUUCAGGCGGCUGUCCUCCAAAUCCAAGCAGGUGGAGGAGAGGGACCAAGCCCUUGCUGAGAGCGCUGUCAAUGGGGACGCAGCCACCCAAAGAGGCCCCUCCUCCUCAAACCCAGAGACGGGCAACUUGGAGACAAACACAGCCGGCCCACAGCGAAGAGCGCCAUAUUCUGGUAUCAGGGGAGCUCGCUCCGGCACUUGUAUGUUACUGUAACCCUCAAGAGCGCCGCCCUCCUGGGGAGAAGAACUGCUUCCCCUACGAGGCAAACGCAGAAGGGGCUCGUGUUCAUUAAUGGUGGGCUUCACUCCUCCACCGUCAUUCCAGACAAGUUCUCCAGGGGACAAGGUUUUCAGUUUGUGAAGUGCUGUUUGUGCGCCGUACUGUAAAGGAUAGUUCUGGUUUUAACCUGGGUCUUCCUUCUGUCAUUCUUGCCAUCAUGCAUAUCGGUUAUGAUAUCACAAUUUUACUCACCAGCUUCAUUUGGGAGAUUUUGGAUAUGAGACCAUCAUUGGACACAGCUUUACAAUAGCGUCUUAUGAGGCAACUGAAUACAAGUAUCAGAUAUGUUUUAACAAGUUCAAUUUAACCGAAUUAUCUAAACCAUGUAUUUGGAAGUGAAAAUGACAGUGAAAGUUAAAAAUUACUACCCUUUAAUAUU